UAAAUUCAUAGUUAGUAAAUUGUACAUGUUCAACGAGCUGGAUAAACACAUAAGCAGAGUAAAUCUUUACACUUUCUUGUUAUCUCUUAUAAAAAGUGUCAGUGUCUGUUUGAGGCAUGACAAAUUUCGUAUGUGUAAAUGUAUUUGGAAAAUCGAGAUUGAUCUAGUUUUUUGAAAAUAAAUACAAAUUUUGAAAAUGUGGAGCGUUGCCAAUUCAACGGUGGCCUUCUUGUUCAGUUCGUUUGGUUUUUUCUCCCAAUCGCCAGAUCUCAUUGCUCAAACGUCCUUUGGACAGCUGGAAGGCGUCGCCUCGCAGUCGAGGACAGGACGCGCAGUCUUCGAGUUUCUGGGCGUGCCUUACGCCCACCCGCCCGUCGGUUCUCUCCGCUUUAAGCCUCCUGUUCUUUGGAAUGAAUCCUGGGAAGGCGUUCGAGAUGCUACGAGUGAUACGCCCAGGUGUGUCCAGUAUCACUUGAUUGCGAGACAUUUCAGUGGCAGUGAGGACUGUUUGUUUCUUUUUCUUUAUACACACAAGUUUCAAAAAGUUGGUGAAGACCCGAUUCCUGCGACGGAGUUGAAACCUGUCGUAGUUUACAUUCAUGGAGGUCUCUUCAUGCAAGGGUCGGGUUUAUUUUAUAAAGGGAAAUAUUUCCUGGACGAGGAUGUAGUUUUCGUUAGUAUGCAAUACAGAGUUGGAGCAUUGGGAUUUUUGAACUUGGAAACUGACGACGUUCCUGGAAAUGUUGGUCUUAUGGACCAAGUUGCAGCUCUUAAAUGGAUUCAGGAAAACAUACACUAUUUUGGAGGCGAUCCAAACUUGGUGACAAUAAUGGGAGAGUCUGCUGGCUCUACGGCAGUUCAUUUACACAUUUUAUCUCCAAUGUCCCGAGGUUUGUUCCAUCGAGCAAUUAGUCAGUCUGGGACAGCACUUGUUUCCUGGGCUGUGAGAGAUCAUCCUGUGGAACAAGCCAAAUAUUUUGCUGACAGACUUGGAUGUCCAACUGACACUGCUCAAAACAUUUCGAAUUGUCUAAGAAAUAUGGAUGCUACUGUGAUAGGUCGUGCGCACAUGGAAGCUGCUACAAUUUUGCAUCACCGUUAUUCUCUAUUUGGUCCAACUAUUGAAUCUCGGUCAGAGUCAGCAAUACCUAAAUUCUUGCCUGACAGACCAGACAAAAUAAUCAAGGCUGGACAUAUCGCAAAGGUUCCUUGGAUAUGCGGAGCAAAUUCAGAGGAGGGUCUUUUAUACGCAGCACCAAUGGUCCUAAAUAAAACUGCAAGACGAGAAAUAAAUGAGAACUGGUCGCAUUGGAUGCCAAUUACAUUCCGAUUCGUAGAUGAACCGAACAAGGAAGAAAUUUCUAACAAAAUUCGUGAAUUUUACUUUGGAAAUGUAUCAACGGAAAUCAAUAAGACAAAUUUAAGAAAAUUAAUAACCUUUGUGACGGAUCGAUCUUUCAUGGAGGGAUUGCAUCACACGCUAAACCUUCACAAGGGACAGCAUCCUGUGUAUCCGUACCUUUACUCGUAUCGAGGUCAAUUUAGUUUUGGCCGGAUAAUGCUGGGCAUGACGUUCAAUGUUCCAAUAAUGGUGGACUUCCUUUACAGUCAAAGCAAGAGGUGGGUGAAAACAAAAGUAUUUCGGAGAGAAGAAGAGCAUUUUGGAACAACUCAUGGUGACGAAUUACCCCUGUUCUUCAACCUACCCUUACAAGAUAUCGCGAAAAAGGAACAUCCAGACUAUAUAUUGUCCACAACUCUAGUCAAAUCUUGGGCAGAAUUUGCGAGAGACGGAGUUCCGCCCUUAAUGAAUGGAGAAGUUUGGCAAGAUCUAAGUGCAGAGAACACUAUUGACGGAUCUGCGAAAAGUCCAGCUCUACAAUUCUUGAAAAUAGAUAAAGAAUUUGAAACUAUUGACGAACCCUUUCAAGCAAGGGCAGAGUUUUGGGAGUCGUUAAAGAUUUAUCCUGAGAGGGAAUACUAUCAAUAGAUCAUUGGUACAAAUUAUAAGCAAAAUUUCAAAUUAAAUUACAAAACCAAAGUUUAAAUUGGAAUUUGGCUAUUAUCGAAACAUACAAAACUUUAUUUAUGCUUCGAUAACUGCAUAUACACUCAGCGCAUAUGAAUAACACUGUGAAUUACAAUAUUGCAGCCAAGAAUGUAAAUAAAAUGAUCAUAAAAUUUGUUGGCGUAA